CUAGGCAUGCAGACUGCUUCUACAAACAUUUGUGAAAGAAUGGGUCACUCUCCUGAGCAUAGUGAAUUCAAGCAUGGUACUGUGAUAGAUUGCCACCUGUGCAAUAAUUCCAUCCGUAAAAUUCCCUUGCCAGUAAAUAUUCCAUGGUCAACUGUUGGUGGUAUUAUAACAAAGUGGAAGCAACUCAGCCACGAAGUGCCGCCACUGGACGCUAGAGCAGUGAAGAUGGGUUCUCUCGAGUAACAAAUAAUGCUUCUCUGUCUGGCAAUCCAAUGGAUGUGUAUGGGUUUGGUGGCUGCCAGGAGAACGGUAGUGCCUGACUGCAUUGUGCCAAGUGUAA